AUGCUCCAUUUGAUGAGUUUCUUUGAAUUCGUUAUUCGAGAAGCGAAUCCCUUAUUACAUGGUGUUGUUGUGUCAGCUCGUCAUUAUGUUAAUGAGAUUAUGAGCUCACCGGAGAAGGUCUCCGAACUCUUGCAAGGACUCUACCUAGAAGAAGAGCAGAAAAAUAAGGAGCCAGUUGAUCGAUAUGUAAAGCUUAAUGUUGGAGGAUCACUCUUCCAAACUACGUUAUCAACCUUAACAAAAGAAGAUACUAUGCUACGAGCCAUGUUCAGUGGUAGAAUUGAGGUAGAGACGGAUAGUGCCGGUUGGGUGUUGUUAGAUCGAAGUGGAAGACAUUUUGGCAUCAUAUUAGAUUAUCUGCGUGAUGGUUCAGUGCCUCUACCAGAUUGCAAAAUGGAAGUGGAGCAAAUUCUGAACGAAGCUCGUUUCUAUUUAGUGCAGGGUUUGAUCAACCAUUGCCAGUCUUGGUUAGAUAUUCAUGGGACAAGGGAGGAAGAAGGUGUACCCUUUUCCAUUUGUUGUAUCCCUACUGUUUACACAAAAGGUCAUGCGCGUCAAAUAAUCUCGAAUUCAACAAAACCUGUAAUUCAACUUCUCAUAAAUAGACAUAAUAAUAAGUACUCAUACACACUACAAUCCGAUGACAACAUUCUCAAGAAUUUGGAGCUGUUCGAUAGAUUAGCUAUUAAGUUCCACGAUAGAAUAUCAUUUCUCAAAGAUGUAGGCUCAGAUCCUUCAGAGGUUUGUCAAUGGCAGUUUUACGGCAAAGGCAAACGUAGGGCCGAAGUUUGUUGUACUUCGAUUGUAUAUGCUACUGAUAAAAAACAAACGAAAGUGGAAUUCCCAGAUUCACGUAUUUAUGAUGAAGCCAUGUCCAUUCUUCGAUAUGAAGACCGCGGGUUGUGUUCUCGAUGUGGAGAAGAAGCCUGUGUGCCAGGAUCGAAUAGCGCAGUGUCGACGUCAAGUGGUGAUUAA